CUCCUCUUCUUCCAGCUUUGCUCCAACUAAACCUCUAUCUCGAUCAAGAUCAAAGACCUUUCAAUUGCAUAAUUUUGCGUUCAAUUUCUCCUUCUCACUACAUAUAUAUAUGCAUACAGUUCAAUUUGAUCCAGUCUGUUUGAUGGAAACCCAAAACGAGUAUGAUCAUGGUACACUACGCAAUUGAUUGUCGUAAUUGAAGAGUUGUUCUCCAACAUUUUUCAUAUAUCUCUAGCUUUUGGCGGCGACAAGACUCAACAAGUCAAAAGACAGUUCUCUGGAUAAAAUUUUCGUUUGCACCUGUGGGAUAGAGGAAAAGGCCGCACGUGUGGCUAAAAUUGUCAUGCUGAGCGUUGCUUCCAAUUGUUGGGUUAGGGAUGAAUUCUACAAUGGAUGACAUGAGUUUGAUUCAGCAAAGACAUCACAUGGUGGUCAGGGAACUUGGGGAAGAAAUUGAUUUGGAAAUAGGACAUGGGGUUGAUGAUCCUUCAUAUGGUCAAAGUCAAACUCCUCUUAUUGGCAUUCCACUGCAGGAAUCUUCAGCUGAGGAUCAUGAUGAGAGCAAAAGUAUGGUCAUGGUUUCCCAACUUGUCAGUGAUGAUAACGAAUUGUUGAAGUCACAGCCGGCUAAAAGAAAAAAGAAGGUGGUAAAAAGAUGGAGAGAGGAGUGGGCCGACACAUACAAGUGGGCAUAUGUUGAUGUGAAGGAAGGGACAGCAAGGAUAUUUUGCUCGAUUUGCAGAGAGUAUGGUAGGAAACAUAGAAGAAACCCUUAUGGCAAUGAAGGUAGUAGAAAUAUGCAAAUGAGUGCAUUGGAAGAACAUAACAACAGUUUGCUUCACAAAGAAGCUCUUCGUCUCCAAAUGGCAUCCAAAGAUAAGAUCGUUGCUGACAAGCCCAUAUUUGUAAAAGCUCUCAUGUCUAAAACAGCUGGAUCAAUUGUAGAAGCUUUACUUAAAAGGGAUCCUCAUGAGGCUGAAUUUAUACAAUAUGUGCAAGAAGUUGUUCAUGCUUUAGAAAGAGUUAUCUCAAAAAACUCUGGUUAUGUCAACACGAUGGAGCGCCUGUUAGAGCCUGAGCGUAUGAUUAUUUUCCGAGUUCCUUGGACUGAUGAUAGGGGUGAAAUGCAUGUCAAUCGAGGGUUUAGGGUUCAUUUUAAUCAGACCCUGGGCCCAUGUAGGGGAGGCCUUCGUUUCAACCCAUCCAUGAACUUGAGCAUCACCAAAUUUCUUGGUUUUCAGCAGACCUUAAAGACUGCAUUAUCUCCAUAUAGACUUGGAGGGGCUUCUGGUGGGAGCGAUUUUGACCCAAAAGGGAAAAGUGACAAUGAGAUUAUGCAAUUCUGCCAGAGUUAUAUGGAUGAGCUGUAUCGUUAUCUGGGCCCUGACAAAGAUCUUCCUUCAGAGGAGAUGGGUGUUGGCACACGUGAAAUGGGUUUUCUCUAUGGACAAUAUAGACGCCUGGCUGGUCAUUCUCAGGGAAGUUUUACCGGGCCAAGGCUUAAUUGGUCGGGUUCUAGCCUGCGAACUGAAGCUACUGGCUAUGGAUUGGUUUUCUUUGCACAACUUAUACUCGCAGACAUGAAUAAAGAACUCAAAGGACUAAGAUGCGUGAUUAGUGGGUCUGGAAAAAUCGCUAUGCAUGUCUUAGAGAAGCUCAUCGCAUAUGGUGCUCUUCCUAUCACGGUGUCAGAUUCAAAGGGGUAUUUGGUGGAUGAGGAUGGAUUUGAUUUCAUGAAACUAUCUUUUCUUAGAGACAUCAAAUCACAACAUAGAACUUUAAGAGAUUAUUCAAAGACUUACGCCCGUUCCAAGUACUAUGAGGAAGCAAAGCCUUGGAAUGAAAGAUGUGAUGUCGCUUUUCCUUGUGCUUCAUUGAAUGAAAUCGAUCACUCCGAUGCCAUUAAUUUGGUUAAUUUGGGAUGCCGUAUACUUAUUGAAGGUUCGAACAUGCCAUGUACCCCUGAAGCAGUGAAUGUUUUGCGGAAGGCUAAUGUUCUCAUUGCUCCUUCUAUAGCUGCUGGUACAGGAGGGGUUGUUGCUGGAGAACUUGAGCUGAAAGAGUGCAAUCUGAACUGGGCACCUGAGGACUUUGAAUCUAAACUGCAGGAAGCAAUGAAACAGACCUACCAAAGGGCUCUUAAAGCAGCGGUCGAUUUCGGUUACCAGAAGGAGAGUCCUGAGGCUUUGGUACAUGGCGCGGUCAUAUCUGCAUUUCUAACAAUAGCCAGCGGUAUGUCUGAACAAGGAUGUGUGUAGAUCACAUCGUCUCAUGUCAACUCGACUUUCACCUGACCCGACACUUUCUGAUAAAACGACAUAUGCAUGAUCGUGAAUGUUGGUAUAAGCUCCUGCCAUGGCUUCUGGCUUAAUGAACUGCAGAAUGCAAAUCCUGAGAUAAGUUUGGCAACGGAAGGAUAUUCAUGUGUAAACAUAGGGAAAAGUUCAUUUAAAAAUAGUAAAUAUUUUGAGAAUCAUGAGAAACCAAUUAUUCAUGAUGAAUAAUAUUCAGUCAUGUUUAUUCAUUAUGAAUAGUUCGUUCUCACGUUUUUCAAAGUAAUUAUGGUUCUGAACCUGCUCAUAUAUGUAUAUAUACAUAUAUACAUAU